AUGAUUGCGCAGCAGAAUGACGAGGAGACACCUCUUCUGCAACGACCAGAGCAGCCAAUGGCCAAGACACCUCUUCCAUGGGAUCAAAUUUGGGUUAUACUGCUCUUGGAGAUGCCAGAAAUUCUUUCUACUCGGACCCUCAACCCGUUUAUUCCUCAACUCAUCAGAGACAUCGGAGUCACUCGCGGAGACGAAUCCCAGGUUGGACACUAUGCCGGCAUCCUUGAAUCAUCGUACUAUGCAGCUCAUACUCUGACUGUUUUCCAUUGGAGUCAACUGUCCGACCGCAUCGGGCGGAAGCCUGUAAUACUGAUAGCUCUAUUAGCAAUCUCCAUAUCAAUGUUGUCGUUUGGGCUAUCGAAGACCUUCUUCGGUCUGGUGGUCAGUCGUAUUGUCUGCGGAGCAUUUGAUGCGAGCGAUAGUAUGGCCAAGAGCAACCUGAUGGACAUCACUGACGCAACCGAUAUGCCCAAGGCAUACAGUUAUAUACCAAUUCCGUGGAUGAUCGCAGGCACAGUUGGAGCACUCGUUGGGGGAUCGCUCUCCCAACCAGCAGACAGAUUCCCUGACAUUUUUGGGCGAUCAGAACUCCUGAAAACCUACCCAUAUCUUCUGCCGUGCUCUAUUUCGGCAUUUCUGAUAUUGACAAUGUGGCUAGUCACGUAUAUCCGUCUUAAAGAGAGCGUUUCUACCAAGACACUGCUUUGGGAGCUCAUUAAACGAGGAUUCUUCGGACAGUCAUACUCAAAACCUCGCCAGCCAUCGAGCAAUGUUAUAGUUGAUCCUGGCGAAGUCAAAUCAAAACCGCUUCCGCUGCGUGCUUUACUAACCUGGAAAGUGUUGAGCGUAACAGCGAGUUAUGCCACUACAGGCCUGUUUCAAAUGGGGUUCAAUUCGCUCUUACCUGUUUUCUAUGCGACACCGAUUGAACUUGGUGGUCUUUCCCUUGAUCCUUCUCGCAUCGGCACUUUACUUGCAGCAUCAAGUGUCAUACAUGGAAUAUUUCUGCUACUUUUCUACACUCGUUUAAAUGAUUGCUUCGGUGCAAGAGCUAUCCACAUCACCGGCGUCAGCUCCGGCAUACCCAUGGUCAUUUUAUUCCCAGUGACCAAUACUUUGGCUCGAGCCUAUGGAAUGGGCAUGGCGGUGUGGCUGUGUGUUUCUGUCCAGCUUAUGCUGAAGACUAGCUUGAUCAUGUGCUUCCCCUGCAUGACUUUAUUUGUCAGAGCAGCUGCUCCUAAUCGCGCCUCGCGCGGAGCAACCACUGGAAUCGUCAUGGUGGUUGUCGCGGUAGCAAGAAUCAUCGGCCCAGCGUCUGCAACUUCGAUUUUCUCUUAUUCAUUGCAGGAAGGGCAUGAUGCAUGGUCGAUAUACUACUUCUUGAUCGCAGUUGUAUUUCUCGCUGUAGGUACUGCUUUAUCACUUCCCCGUGAUCCUAGUGUAUGGGAAGAUUCCCAAUAGCGACUGACUGCGUGUUAUGAUCUAGUGUAGGAGGUAGAACUGGCACAACUUUAGGCUAUGUAAACUAGUAUGUGUACAACAUUCCGUACUCCCAUGAUAAGUUAGGGAGGUUCUGUCUGCAGCAAACUUUCGUGCUGUUCUCUACAAACCCAUCUGUAGGG